AUGGGUCGUCAGUUUGAGCAGCCCCUGUUGUGGCUGGACUGCGAGAUGACAGGACUUGAUCCUGCUAGGGACAGGAUCCUGGAGGUUGCGUGCAUUUUGACGGACGGGGAGCUGAAGCACAUGCAAGAGGGGCCAAGCAUGGUGCUGCAUUGCCCAAAAGAAGAACUGGAGGAGAUGGGGGCUUGGUGUCGGCAGCAGCACGGGAACUCCGGUCUAACGGAAGCCUGUCAGCGAGCGACUCUCACUGCACGCGACGCCGAGGAGCGCAUCAUCGCCUUCUUGAAAAAGAAUAGCGUAGGCGCUAAAGAAGCAAUUCUUGCUGGAAAUUCGAUUCAUAUGGACAAGGAAUUCCUGAGGAAAGAGAUGCCGGCGCUGCUGGAGUUUCUGCACUACCGAAUAUUAGAUGUUUCCAGCAUCAAGGUCAUUGCACAAAGGUGGUUUCCUUUGGUGGCACCAGCGAAGAAACAGUACAUGCAUAGGGCGCUCGACGAUAUCAAGGAAAGCAUUCGGGAGCUUGCCUAUUACCGUGAGAGGAUCUUCAAAUAG